CUCGGAGAGAGAGAGAGUGAAAAACUAUAAACCAAGAAAAUGGCAGCUUUACUGAAUAUUUUUCCGUUCAUCGCCGCCAUCCUCUGCCUCUCGCCGCCGGCCGACGCCAAGAUCGCCGGCACUUACUCCGGCAGUUCAUGGCAAUCCGCCCAUGCAACCUUCUAUGGUGGAGGCGACGCCUCUGGCACUAUGGGGGGCGCGUGCGGAUACGGAAACCUACACAGCCAGGGUUACGGCGUGAACACGGCGGCUCUUAGCACGGCGCUGUUCAGCAACGGGCAGAGUUGUGGAGCGUGCUUCGAGAUCAAGUGCGACGCGGCCCAGGACCCGCAAUGGUGCACUUUGGGCAUCCCGUCCAUCUUCAUCACGGCCACCAACUUCUGCCCGCCGAAUUACGCUCUGCCCAGCAACAACGGCGGGUGGUGCAACCCGCCCCGACCCCACUUCGAUCUCGCCCAGCCAAUGUUUCUCAAGAUUGCCGAGUACCGUGCCGGAAUUGUCCCUGUCACCUACCGCCGAGUGCCGUGCAGAAAGCAGGGCGGGAUCAGGUUCACGAUCAACGGCUUCCGGUACUUCAACUUGGUACUGAUCACCAACGUCGCAGGCGCAGGGGAUAUCGUGCGCGUGAGCGUGAAGGGCGCGAAAACGGAGUGGAUAGACAUGAAGCGCAACUGGGGCCAAAACUGGCAAUCAGACGAGCUCCUUGUGGGCCAGGCCCUGUCGUUCAGGGUCACCGGCAGUGACGGUCGCACGUUGACCUCCAACAACGUGGCGCCGGUCAAUUGGCUGUUCAGCCAGACCUUCACGAGCAACAAGAAUUUCAAGGUCAAUGACUGAGUCAGAUAGAAUAAGAUGGAGGGCAUUUUAGGGAAGAAAAUAAAGUUUUUCCUUUUCUUUCUCUUUUUUUUAUUUGUGUGUGUGUGUGUGUG